ACGCCCACUUUUGCAACUCACAUCAAGCAAGCAAUUGAGUGUUUCUGCUGAGCACAAGCUGUUCCGUUGCUCCAACUCCUGAGAAAAAACACCGUCGCAAAACCAUCCGUGAAAAUGUCAUUCGACCGCCUCGUCCGGUUCGUGCCCAAGGGCGACGACAGCAAGAUCCUCAUCGGUGAGCCCGCAGACAGCUCCGUCGAUGUCGGCGCAGCCGUCCGCAAGGGCGAGGAUGUCCUGGUCAAGGUGUACAGCGGCAAGUCGGUGCUGGAUGCCGGCUCGCCAACGGGCGAGACUGCCGUCAUCGGCCGCGUCCUGUCCCCUCUGGCGCGGGGGGAAGUCGGCACCAUCCGCUGCAUUGGACUGAACUACAAGAAGCACGCCGAGGAGGCCAAGAUGACCAUCCCCGAGAUCCCCACCGUCUUCCUUAAACCCGAGACCUGCCUCGCCGACCCGUGGCCGGCGCCGACGAUCAUCCCCAAGCACACGAUCGCCAGCGACUCGGCCGACUACGAGUCUGAGCUGGCCGUCGUCCUCGGCAAGGAGGCCAAGAACGUGUCGGAGGCGGACGCGCUCGACUACGUGCUCGGCUACACGGCCAGCAACGACAUCUCGAGCCGGGCGUCGCAGUUCGCCCAGUCGCAGUGGUGCUACUCCAAGGGCUUCGACGGCGCCUGCCCGCUGGGUCCCGUGCUGGUGUCCAAGCGGCUCGUGCCGGACGUCGGCAAGCUGCACCUGCGGGGGCUCAAGAAUGGGAAGGUGGUGCAGGAUAGUGCGUUGACGGAUCUCAUUUUCUCGGUGGAGCAGAUCGUGAGCUUCCUCUCGCAGGGCACCACGCUGCCCAAGGGGACCGUCAUCAUCACGGGCACGCCCGCGGGCGUGGGGUUCGCCCACAAGCCGCAGGAGCUGCUGCACGACGGGGACGAGUUUGUUGUCGAGAUCCAGCCCCAUAUCGGGAGCUUGUACAAUGUGAUGCAGAACGAGAAAUGAGUGUAAACGGGAUACCUAUCUUUGGGCUGGGUGCCGUUUCUAUGUUAUCCUACAUUUUGGCCCCUUUUUCUCUAGAUGAUGACCGCAGGCACAUGACCUCAAUCAGGACCAUGGUUCAAGGAGCCCACACGAAGUCUCCCCUAAUGGUCUCCUCCCCCCUUUUCCUUCCACUUCCAGAAUGCAGUAUAUGAGCGCUCUAUCUACCUAGCCUAGCA